AUGAUCGCUCCGCUCCUCCUGCUCCUCGUCGCUGCCGAUAGCUGCCUCGUGGCCACCGGCGGCGGUGGCACCGAUGACGGUCGGCGGUUCGUCUACAACGGCUUCACAGGCGCGAACCUGUCGAUCGACGGUUCAAGCUCGAUCAUGCCGAAUGGCCUCCUCAUGGUGGCCAAUGCCACCGGAGAUACAUUCAAAGGCCAUGCCGGCCAUGCCUUCCACCCGUUCCCGCUGCCGUUCCACACCGCAUCGAACGCCACCGGCUCCGUGCGGUCCUUCUCGACAAUCUUCGCGUUCGCGAUCUUCCGUCAAGACGACGAACGGAGCGGCCGCCAUAUGGCCUUCGUGGUCUCUGCAUCCAAGGAGGUGCUCUCUACGUCGCCUUUUUCGCCAGACCAGUUCAUGUUGUCCGUGGAUCUAGGCACGCGCAACGACGACCAGAGCCUAACCUACGUCGAUAGCAUGCUGUGGCCGCUCCAUUACGGCAACGCCGGGUUGCCGCUCCAUUACGCCAACGCCGGGUACUACGACGAUGUCACCGGGUUAUUCCAAAACCUCACCCUGAUCAACGGGGAGGCCAUGCAAGUGUGGGUGGACUACGACGGCAGGGCCACGGUGAUCACCGUGACCAUAGCACCACUGGGCUUGGCCAAGCCCAAGAAGCCCCUGCUGCACACCAUCAUCGACCUCUCUGGUGUGGCGCAGAGCACGGCAUACGUCGGGUUCUCCUCUGGGGGCAUGCCUCGCACAAAAUAUUUUGUCCUCGGCUGGAGCUUCGCGUUGGAUGGGCCGGCCCCUGUACUAGACAUCUCCGUGCUGCCAGCCUUGCCAGCAGCCUGGAGCAACUCAGGGUCUAUGUCCAUCUCAAUGAAGAUCGUUCUGGCCUUAACAUCGGUGGCGCUGAUUUCAGUAGGCAUCGGAACCUACAUCUUUGUAAGACAGCGUCUCAAGUACUCCGAGGUGCACGAGGAUUGGGAGGUCCCAUUUGACCCGAACCGAUUCUCUUACAAGGACUUGUUUCAUGCGACGGAGGGGUUCAGUGACAAGAACCUCCUUGGGAGGGGAGGUUUUGGAAGUGUCUAUAAAGGAGUGCUUCGCAAGCCUGAUAUGGAGGUUGCCGUGAAGAGAAUGUCACACGAUUCAAGGCAAGGGGUAAAGGAGUUCAUUGCUGAGGUGGUGAGCAUUGGUCGUCUUCGACACCGAAAUCUUACACAAUUGUUGGGUUACUGCAGGUGUAAGGGUGAGCUUCUCCUGGUUUAUGAGUACAUGGCAAAUGGUAGCCUUACAAGUACCUACACAAUAGGAAUGGCCUAG